UCGUUCAAAAACAUUAAAAAUAGUAAUGUUUCAGAUGUCUCGGAUGGGACGGCAGUGAUGCAGUGAGGGCUCUUUUAUCACAUCUGAUUUACAGCGGAUCACCAAUCUUGCUGAUUCCUGUAGUCCUGUCCAUUUUAGGGCAUAAUAUUAUCUUUCUGCCUGAGUUCUCCUCUGAUAGGAGCCAGGAGGGAGCAGAUAGUAUCCGGCCGUAUCCCGAGGGCACGGGCUGCAGAAUCCCUCCUGGCACAAGAGCUUGCUGGGAUGUGGCCAGUUGACAUGGAGGCUUCACUCAGAACCAUUCUAACUUAGCCAGGCAAAUAUUUUUCCAGGCUUGUGAGCAGAGCGGCAUUAACACUAUUCAGACCCCAGUGUUUGAGACUGUAUGAUCUAAGAGAGAGUGAAGGGUGAUUAAAUAGGUUUUUUGUUUGAAUGAGCCAGAGGGGAAGAGGGCAGAGAGGCAGCAAAAAACACUUUACCUCAUAACUGGAGACAGAUCAGCAGCUGACAUAAGGUUUAUGGAUGGGCCAUAAAUACUGGGCCACAGCAGAACAUGCAGCAGAUCCGCUGUCAACUCCAGCCACUUCGCUGAGAUACAAUGGACAUUUCUAUUCAUCAUCCCUGGUACCGCCGGCCCUGGUUCCCAGGUUUCUUUCCUUCUUCCCAUCGAAUUUAUGACCAGUAUUUUGGAGAGCACCUACCCGACAGCGACCUAUUUUCACCUUUCUACACCAUGUUUUACUAUCGACCUUAUUUCUGGCGCUUUCCAAACUGGUGGGACAGUGGCAUGUCAGAGGUGAGAAUGGACAGAGAUCGCUUUGUAAUCAACCUGGAUGUGAAGAACUUCUCUCCAGACGAACUGACUGUCAAGGUCAAUGAUGAUUUUAUUGAGAUUCAUGGGAAACAUGAUGAACGGCAGGAUGAUCAUGGAAUUGUGGCAAGGCAGUUUUACAGAAAGUAUAAAAUCCCAGCCGGUGUAGAUCCAGAAUCCAUCACCUCCUCUCUGUCCGCUGAUGGCGUUCUGACCAUCUGCACGUCUCGCCACCUGCUGGACAUCCCUGAGCGCAACAUCUCCAUCACCUGUGGAGAGAAGCCACCAGCGCAGAAGUAAACUCAUCAAUAGCUACACCCCUGCCCCUCGUCUCCAAACAAACCACGACUGAGAGAAUCACUUACUGUAUUACAACAGGCAUAAAAUCAUAUGUUUUAAUGCAACACAUAACCAAUGAAAGACAUAUAAGCAGAAACAUAUCUGUCCAUAUAGUGAACAACACAAUAUCAGGCAAAACGCACAGUGGGUCGGUACUUUGGGCCUGUAAACGCAGGUUGUUAUAAGAGUUGGGUUUGGUUUGUUAUAUAUAUGGCCUACAGCUGGAUGUUGUAUGUAAUUAUGUGGUUGACUUGGAUGAUGACUGUAACUUUGGCUUUGAGAGAAAGCAGAAGUGAACUGGGACGUUGUGCAGCACUGGCCUCUGUGUCUGAAUUUAAUAAAUCCCCAGGUCAAAAUACUGAUGAAUGCUGGUAUUAUUUACUCAUCUGUGAUUUCUCAGCAUAUGUUGUGCAUCUGAAUGUAAAGUAUGCUGUGCUUAUUAAUCUGUUUGAUACUGGGGUCUAAACUAUGAUGGACUAAGUUGAAUGUGUUUUGCUGAAUGUUGUUGCACUUAAUGGACAGUAUAAUAAAGAUGAUUUUGUAAAUUUAUAUUAUGAUUAAUCACUGACAGUGUCAGGCUGUAUAGACAUCUGAGCCAGACAAAUGUGCCUUAUUUACUUCAGUGGUGUAACAAGAUGCCAUGGAUCACAUUUGAUUGUCAAAUGUGGUGGAAUUUGGAAAAAAAAAAAAACAUCAUGAGUUUGGAUCACUGAUGCAGGGGUGUAGUUAUUGACAUAAUUCACCUUGUUUAGUCUACUGUCAUUCCCAAUGUGCUUUAUGUUUUAUUUUCCAUACCUCUUAAAGUGAUGUGUUACAACUAACAAGCAACUGUGACUGCUAAUUUCAGCAUUAAAAAAUCUUAAAAAAAAAAAAAAAAAAAAGGUUGUUUUUACUUCUUGAGUGGAACCACAUCGAACUGUAUGCAGUUUGCAUAUUUAUGUACUUUGUGAAGCAUUUUAAAUAAGCUGUUUCUGGGAACC